UUCCUCCUCGCCUUCGUCUUAAACGCUCCAAAACAUGGCGGCGGGUCAGCGACGUGCAUUAUCGGCGGGUUCUCAUUUUGCAAGCGACGGCUGAAUGGGUACGUAAUGGCUGAGGGAGCCUUCUCUUUCAUUGGUGCCACCCUCCCCUGGCUGCAGCAUGGCUGAGGUCAGGCGUUCAGAAGUUCUGGCUGCAUCACGGUCCCGUACGGGAUGGCUUGAUGAACCCCCUCCUACAUCCUCAUCUCCUACAUCUCCAGCGAAGCCCUUCAUUUCAAGUCUGCGCUCAACUUUUGAGCAACGAACGAACCAGACGCAAGAUGGUGCUGAGCGGCGACGUGUGGCACCGGCAGGCACCAAGGCAGGGUCUAAGGUCAGCUCAAUUGCAAAUAUGUUCCAGGCCCGUGAUGAUUGCAAAACUGCCUCCAAUGAAUCGCUCUCACGCACGUCCCCCCUAGAGCCAAAUAUAACCGAGGCAGCAAGACCGUCGGGACCGCCAACGUUAACACGGAGUGACAGUCAUGUUGCACGGUUUUACAAUGCGCGCGCCAUGUUUGAGCGUCUGCAGGAGGCAUCCAAAAAGCCCCAGCCUGUGUCAGGGCGCAAAGGAAGUGUGGCCAGCUCACCAGCUAGCUCUCCAUCCUCUGCCACUCCUGCCACAUCAUUCCCCAAAUGGAACGAAGAGGGGCCUGCCGAGGAAUGCGCCCAAAGCCUUGUAAAUGGAGACUCCCAGCACAGUGCCAAAGGCAGUAUUGAGGCAGUCAGUGACCCUGCCAGGAAUGGGCCCAGUUCUGCCAUCUCCAACGGUGUUACAAAUCCGGAGCUGCCAGAAACGUGUGCUGGAAAAGAUCCUGCAGCCUCUGAAGUUGAAGCUCCUCUUAAGGUACCGCAGCACAAAAAGCCAUCAGCGCCACCACGGGUGGAAUCAUUGAGGCGGUCAUCUGAAGAUGGCCUCUUGCAGGCAGAGCUGCCUCGACCACCUGAAGAAGCCAGUGUGGUGCCGCAGGAACCUCCAGUCCCCCCACACAGUCAACAUGUGGGUGAAGAAACAAAUCAAACUCUGUCGUCUGCUCAAAGUAGUUCUAGUUGUUCAUUGGACUCAGGGACUGGGGAAUCUCGAAUUUCAGACCACGCAAAUGAACGAUUGGAUGCACCUUUGCCAAAAAACUCAGUGCCUGUAUGCUCAAACAAACCACAGCAGGAGCAAAGCACAGUGCACCUAAAAGAAGAUAGCCCGCUCUGUGCUGAUGAUCCCGGUGAAACAAAAGAAGGAGAAAAAAGCUGGGGAGCUUCCGAAGGAACUGACAGUGCCAAACAGCCCUCAGGCAGUGUGUUUGCUCGAGCCAACAAUAGCAAGCCACCAUUGCCUUCUAAACCUCCGGUGCUCCAUCACGCUUCUUCCAAGCAUGACUCUUGUCCCUCAGUUGAAAUGGAUGAUGUGCCUCAUUGGCCUCAGCAAGAUUACGUUGGCCACAAUGGGAUUAGUGAGCCCCCUUCCAACAGCGUCCUUCUCUAUACACUAGCAGCUGCAUCAGGAAGAUCUACCAUGCUUCUACAACAGGACAGUGUCUGCCAUGACAAGUACAGCAACAACAGUGGUUUAAAGCAUGCUGCGGGUGAAACCUUGGCAGAGCUUGGGACGCGAGAGCAUGAAUUAUUCAACGUUGAAGCAGUCAUAAAUUCGCGCUCGUACAAAGGGGAUCCCUUUGGAGAUAUUAACCUUGAUGCCCAAGUGGAUGGCAGUGGCGUGGAGUUUAUGACACAGGAGGAGGCAGAUAAACUACUUAGUUCAAGCCGGCAACAAGAAAUACUGAGUGAUGAAGAAGCCCAAGAGGUACGACGGCUGCUGGUGCUGCGCACACCGUCGCCAACGGUGGCUGAAGAGGAGAGUAGGCCACCCAGUGUUGUGCUGUUGGAGGAGGAGGGCGUCGCCUACCAUGUGCUGCCAGAUGGACACUUCUUUACUGAACAGCCUGGCCUGGCAAGCGACGAGGAGGAAGAGCCAUAUCCAGUGCCCUUCCAGCCGCGCCCCUCACGCGUCAAAUUCAGCACAGAACCCAUAAAGGUUUUCAGCACGCAUUCAGUUGACGAGUAUGAUAGACGAAACGAUGAAGUGGAUCCAGUAUCGGCGUCGGCAGAAUAUGAGCUUGAAAAGAGAAUCGAAAAGAUGGAUGUGUUUCCUGUUGAACUUGUAAAAGGGCCAGAGGGGCUGGGCCUCAGCAUUAUUGGCAUGGGAGUUGGUGCCGAUGCUGGGUUAGAAAAACUGGGAAUUUUUGUCAAAACUAUUACAGAGAAUGGAGCUGCCUAUAAGGACAACAGAAUUCGUGUCAAUGACCAAAUUAUAGAAGUGGACGGAAAAUCUCUGGUCGGUGUCACACAAGCCUAUGCCGCUUCAGUUUUGCGAAACACAUCUGGUCUUGUUCGGUUCUUGAUUGGGCGUGAGCGGGACUCUACAAACAGUGAGAUAGCGCAGCUGAUCUACCAGUCGAUUCAGGCAGACAGGGAACGGGAGGCCCGGCUCAAAGGCGUUGCCCAGGAGGUAAUGCCUGGUGGUGGGCUGGACUCCCUUGCUUCGACUCCUGAUGACGAAGUGGAUGAAUUGGCCCCUGGUGCCAGCUUCGAGCUUUCAAAUGACAGCAGUGAUUCCCUCUCGCCUGAUGCUGACCCAGACAACUUACGACUGCGGUUCAAGGAAACACAAUACCGUCUGGCAGUGGCUGAGGCAGAGGCACGGUCGGUACGUGAGCGACUGUCAUUGGCCGAAGGCGAGCGGCGAGAUCUGGGCCGUCUGCUGGAGGGGGCCCAGGGACGGCUACAGGAGGCCGAAGCAGCGGGCCAGGCACUGCGCCUGGAAGCUGCUCAGCAGCGCCAAGCAGCCCAUGAGUUGCGUGAGCGUUUGGUCGCUCUCGAGGCCAAAUAUGCUCGUGCCAAGCGCUUGCUGCGUGAUCUGCAACAGCGUGCCCAUGAGGCUCGCCAGCGUGAGGAGUACCAUCUGCAUCAGCUGCACGAGAAGGAUCACGAGUACAAUGCCCUUGUCAAGGCCCUCAAAGACCGAGUCAUCCUGCUUGAGAACUGCCUGACGGAGACGCAGAAAGCAGCUGGUGUUCCUGUGCAGUUACCCUAUGACAAUACAAUGAAACUUCUUACACCUCAAAUGAAAAAGCGAAGGCCACCACCUCCUGCAGUUCCUCUUUCGGAACUGGACAGUGAUGAUUGCCUAAGGUGCGAAUUGAGUCCUGAUGAAGUUUCUGGUGAUCAGCGGAGAUCAACAGUGGAGCGGCGUGGCGCGGGCGAUGCUUUUGAUCGAGCGGUGCCUCAUACUGAGCUUCUGGAUUCGACUGCUGCCAAAGCUAAGGCUGAGCUGGCUGCCAAGGGCAGCCUUGCGAACCGACAGCCCCCUUCUGUGUCGGCUCUCAAGAAACAAACAAGCACUGACCUAGCUUCUCCUGAUGAGCAGCAGGAUCUCAACACAUCUAUCAACAGCACAGGGUCAGAGACAUCGAUUCAAAGCUCAUCUCAUUUAUCUGACACAAGCAACGCAUCAGACUCUUCACCUACUAGACCUCUGUCCCAGCAGCUUGGUGAUGACUUUAAGUCAGCUGUUCUUCAGUGGCAAAAUAGAGGGCACACUGAGAGCUCUGGGUCCCUGGGCUCCUUGGACAGCCCACCUGGAAGGCGAGUCUCCUCACUCUCAUCACCAACAGACUCCCAGCAGAGCCUCUCACCGGUCCCCACACCACCACCUCAUGCUCAGAAAGUUACCCUGCUCACUCAUAAGAAGAUUGAUGGAAGUUUGCCUCGGGACUGUGGCAGCAGCAGCAGCUUGCGGUCCAGCAGCAGCAACCAGGGGGAAUCCAGUGGACGCGAACGGCGCGAGGAAGUGCGGCCACAUCACUGGCAGAGUGGUCCUGUAGAUCGCUGGAGUGUGUCCCAAGUGGGUCAGUGGCUGGUGGUGCUGGGCCUGGAAGCACAUGUAGCCACCUUUUCCACUCAGGGCGUUGGUGGUGAGGCUUUGUUGCAGCUGGACAGUGCCCGACUUAAGGAGCUGGGAGUGGUGUCUACAAGUGAUCGGUCUUUGCUGAAGAAGAAGGUCAAGGAGCUUCGUUCCCAGCUGGACAAGGAGCGCAAGGCCCAAGAGAAGGAAUUGCGUGCCCGUGAAAAGCUUCAGCGCAAGGCAGACAAGGCGAAGCGCAAGUGAGGCCACAGCUCUUUGGCAUUGGCAGAAAACAGCUAUGGCGGCUUGACCUUUGUUGCCACUCUCCUUGGAGAAUUCAUGUGAGCUAGCGUGUGCUCAGUUCAUUUCGAACACAACGAACGUCACACUCACAAUGUGCAUUGGGCAGCCCCAGGAAUAAGCUACCUGAGAGCAUACUCCUCUGGGAAGGAAGUGAUGCUGCAUAUAUUUUUGUUUGUUUCAAAAUGCUACACCUUGAGGCAGUCUCUGGAACAGAGAUCUUAUAGAGGGAAUGAUGGCUCAUGAGUGUUCCCAUUAUUGUCUUUCCUUGUUUGUUUGCUUGCACAUAUGGCUAAAGGCCUUAUUAGUAUGUAAAUGCACAUGCACACAUAUAUUUAACAAACAUUCCUUUUACACCAGAGUUUAUGUGACGCCUGUGGGUUGUGACUGAUCCUCUGGCAGCUAGUGGAAGUCUCUUGUAUUGUUGCUGCUGGUAAAGCAUGCAGUGGUUGAUUUUUAUCCUGAAAGCUCCCUCCCCCUCUUCUUGUAUUCCCCACCCCUCAUCUCUUUUUGUGUGUGUGUGCGCGCGUGUGUUUGUGUGGGUACUGAUUUUGUUUGUUUUUUGCCCUUUUAGAUAUUCAGCGUGUCAUUUCACAGAGGUUCUUGUUUGUCCCCCAUCACUUGCCGAGCUCUUAAGAUGUCAUUGUAGUUGCGGCUCCCUGUACCAUUUUGUACAUUUUAUAUGAGUACCUAGUAUUUGUUGUGUUUUUGUUGAUCUUAGUCAUGUAGGAUGUCAUGGGGCAGUGACCGAGUGUUUCGAUUCUUGAGGGCAUGAGGGCAGCCAUGCACGCAGGCUAUUUCUUCUUGAAUCGAUAUCCACUUGAUUUUGCUCCCGCUGUAAUGUGUGCUGUCUCUGCUCAUACUGCACUGUACUUUUCCGGUGCCUGACUUAUUGUGCUUCUCUGUCACUUUGCAUGGUGUGCAGCUCUAAAAAACUUGCCUAAAUUUGCAGCUGUAAUGUGUGGGUGGUGUUUUUGUUGUUGUAAAACCUUUUUUUUUUUUUGUCAAGAUACCUCUGUGCAUGUUACCAAAAUUGGGGCCAUUUCUUUUAAAGACAGGGUACCAUGGCUGUACAGUAGAACAUUGCUAUAGUAAGCUGCUUUGUGGUUAACAUAUUGAUAAGGUAAGAAAACCUUUUGUCUGGAACUAUUUCAGAUUUAUAGCUAUUUGUGGCAUUGUAACUGCUUAUAUUGAAAGUGCGUUUGGUAAGAGAUAAGGCUGCAGUGCCAGAAACUGCAGAAAUUGUAUUGGUUGUAGUGUAUUAUCUGCUUAAUCGCAGUUCACAUAUUAGAACAUAAGAAUAUAUUAUAUUUAUAGUACAGGUGCUGCAAGCCUCCAAAUUGUUAUAAAUUUGCAUUGUAGGUGCACAGACUUAUAAAGAAGGCUUCCACUCUAAUCGAAGAUUUAGCAGUAAGCAGCAGUAUUGAGUGUGGAAAAAUGUUGAUUGAAGUUGUACACUAUGGUUUAAUAUGUGAUGUAACACACAGUCCUCUUGCCAGCAUCUCAAGCAAUGAGCAUACUGCCUAUGGUCAGCUGUGCACAUGCUCAAAAGUUUUGGCAGCAUUGCUUGGAGCAUGUCGCGUGCAAUACAUUUUUGUUUUUUUUCAUGGUGGUUAGCGUCAGCUGGUGCAGGCACAACUGUCUGUACUUUCAAACGUUUUCAGCAUAGCCACCACACUAUCUGCCUGUCUGUAUGUGCUUUCCCUUUGCUCAAAACGUGGGCCACAGGCUUGAGUGUUACAUCUGUUGAACUGGACUGUGCAAGAACCUUCAGCUAGAAUUAAUGUGUAGCUGUGUUUCUAAUGAAAGCUGUCAAGCACUGCAUUGUGUCCUGGUCACAGAGUACUUUCAGCACACAUUAACAAAAAAAAAAAAAAAAAACUGAUUUCUGACGUAGUGAAGAUACUGACAUGUUGAAGGUGUCUUGCUUAAUGGACUUCAGGCACUACAGCAGUGUUCUACUGUACUAUUUAAUAAGUUGAUGUCAGAUGCUUAGCAAAAGCUUUUAUUUAGAGAUUGCAGAAGUUAUGGUGUAUUUUACCUAUGUUAUAUUUUGUGGAGUAGCUCUGUUGUUUCAGGGUGGCCGUGGCAGAGUAACUAGCGCAGUCUUUUUCUUUCCUUGUAGAGCUGUAUUUGAUUGCAUGAAUUAUCAUGUGGUAUACCAGUCUGUAAAAGUUUGUAAUGUGUUACAUCAUUGGCAGCUGCUAGGCACUUCCUUUUUUAAAACUGUUUAUUGCUCUUUAUAGCUGUGCUGGUUGUGAAACUCCUCUGAAGGUGCUGGUCUUAUGACAGAAUUAGCGAGUAUGUUGAAUAGCACUUGGCAACCUCAAAGACUUUAGCAGGAAAAGAAGAUUUUAAGCAACAUUUAUUUAUGCCAAUGGUAUUCACUCAUCCUUAUUAUAGUUUUUUUUUCCAUAUGUAAACUUGUGGCAUUUCUGCAUUGCAGUCAUUAAAAAAGCCAUGGGCCGCUCAUGCACUGCCUUUUUGUAUAUUAUAUUGAACAUGUCAUGUUUGCAGACUGUCAAAUGUCUCUGCUCAUAGCUGUGUGUGUGUGUGGUGUGUGCGUGUGCAAGCCUCAUGUGAUGGGACUUGAAAUAAUUGGGCUAAGCACAAUGUUUCCCUUCUGAGUUGCUGCGCAACACAUAUGAAAAUGGGCACAGAUUGGAUUCAUUGAAUUAAAACAUGCCACUCUUACUAGUGGCAGUGGGUUGCAGCACAAGGGUUACUUGAACUUGAUUCAAGUUGGUGCUGACUCAUAAAAGAUUUAGGGUAGUGGCAUAAUAGGCAAGUACUAUUACAAUAUUCUAGCUGUAGCACAGGAUGGUGUGCCGAGUGUUGCAGCCGAUAGCAAAUGUGAAACAAAUGGCUUGGCCUUGAAAACUUGAAACGCAUUACUAUGCUGGUGCUUUUGCAUUCAAUAUAUUUUGUAGCUUUUGAAUGGGGUUUCUAAAGUGAUAGGAUUUAGACUGCUGGAUAAAGGCUUUUGGCAAGGGAAAUGCAGAAGUGAACCAAACCCGUGAUGUUUGGCUCUUUGUCACUUCUGAGGACUCCCCACCUCUUGUUUAUCUCUUUUGAAGAAAAUAGGCUCCUGGCAUUUCUGACAUUGCUCACUGUUCUUUGACAGUUGAACUGCCCUUUUCUGAAGCACUUGUGACUAAUUGCUGUGGGCAGCUGGUAGAGCAUCAGAAUGUUAAGAGAAGCCGUUAACUGAGACAGAUGGGUACCCCUUUGUACGGAAAAACAAAACAUAAUAUAUGUGUGUGUAGAAAAACUGAAAGGAAAUAGAGCAGUUAUGGCUGAUGAUAAAGAUAAUGUGUGUGGUGGUGUGGUGAUGUAACAUUUUUAGGAAGUAUUGGUUGAUUAGCUUGCAAUAACAAGUCAUCUGAGGUCUGGAGGGAAAACCCUUCAGGUAACUUUUCCGGUGGUCCAGGAAUUACUUCUUUGGUGCAACACAAUGUCUCAAUCACACUGGCAGGUUGGAUUACUAAUGGAGCAGGCAUGUGCCGAUACACUCUGUGAACCUGAAAGAACCAAGGUAACUUCAGCAUAUUGCAGAAGGUGCGUAGGUUCAGGCUAGGUUUCUUUUGCUCAAGGCAUCUGGAGAGCAUGUGAACAAAUGCUGAAGCAUAACUCCAGCUUUCCUGUCAGUUAGCUCUCAUUUUACUCUUUAUACAGGUCCUCCACGCUUGCGUGACAGUUUUGUUGACAUGCUGUGAUAGCGCCUGAAGACUUGAUGUUUUUCAUUUUAUGUUUACAAAGUACGUAUUAUACUUAAGGUGAUGCUCGAACUAAAAAUCAAGCUCGUUUGUUUUUUACCAGGAAGUGCAUUCAUUGCACGCUUAUGCCGGUAGAUAUAGUGCUCGUAGUGUUGUAGCACAAGGUCUGCUCUUUCAUCUGGAAAGACUAAGUGCAGGCUGAGAUUGUGAUGUUUUCUGUGCACGGUCAUCACUUGAAGGCUGCAUGUGUGAUGGUAAUUUGGCUGUGGUUAUUUAAACGCUAAGAAUAAAUUAAAUUGAUAACAGUAUAGCAAUCACAGGUAUCUUGUCUACACAUGCACACACAAGUUUUGAGUAAUUAGUUAACAGUGCAUGGAGGAAGGAAAUAAACUAGGAGGAAGCAUUACGUCGUGCAGCCAGCCUUCGCAAACCAACUACCUGUGAAGCCAUCCCCCUUGCCUUUUCUCUCUCAAAAAGUCGGGCCAACAUGUGACCCUGCUCAGUGGACUCGACUUGGUGUGCUUGGUUCCUGGUAGGUUUUAAUUGACGUGCACUUGUUCAUGUUCUUUGCCAACUGCUCUGUGCACAUUUUCUCCCGAUAUGCUCACAGAACUUUAGUCAUCUAUAUUGUUACGUAUACAUUUAUUGUCUUCUUUACAAUAUGUGAGUGCAGCAGCCGUACGUUGCUGUCGCGCCCAGUGUCUUUUUGGAAGAGCGCGGCAGCGUAAGACAUUAAAACUUACUGACUCUCUUGGCUUCAGUUGUGUUGCACAAUGCUUCCUUCUAGUUCUUUCCCUCCUCCAUAUUCACAUGUCUCUAGCAGAAGGUUUUGUUUUGUCUGGAUGCAAACAGUGGUAUUUAUCACUACUAGUUCUUUGUGAGGAUCGAGGUGCUAGGCUGCUCAUGAUAGGUGUGAAAACAAAAAGUUUAAUAUAUGUGGGUGCCCCGUAAUGAUAUAGACUAGAGGCACAUUUUACACUGUGCAUUUCUUUCAGUUUUAAGCAAGGCUUUCACUGAUGGACAGGCCUGCAUCCUGAAUAAAUUUUGUAUGAAAAAUUUUCAUUGUGUAGUAAGUUAUGUAGCUAUGAACUCGUAUGAUCUGAGUUUUGAAGAAAUAAAUUGUGGUUUUUAUGCAGUCAUA